AUGUCGGCCAUUAUAGUAAUCAAUACUUACCUGAAUUUCCAGAGAAGGGUUCCCAGCUGCUCUUUUCAACAAUGCCGCGCCGCUGGACCCGACUCUGAAUGCAGCAAGGAUCUCGACUAUUUACUAACUGUACAUCUUUUCGACACACUCCAGCAGUUGACACUGGACUUGGGAGACGUCAUCGAACGCUUUCUGCUGUUCGUGCAGCCCUGGUUGCCCAUAUUCCAUCCCCCGACUCUGCGACAGAAAGCCUUGACAUUGCGGGUGGCUCCUUCAGCCGAGCUGGCGUGUUUUCUACUCCACAUAUUGCUUGUUACUCCGCCCGGCUCGAUCUCCUCCUUGGAAGCCUUUUUACCGGUCUUGUACGAAGACUGCAAGUCCUUGUUCUACCUCCUGCAGGCCCGCCGUCGAAACCGUCUACUCACUAUCCAAUCCGGACUCUUGCUUGCUGUUUACGAGCAAGGCAAUUGCAGCUCCUCUGAUGCGUAUAUCAGUCUGGCAAGUUGCGCCAGCCUGGCGCAUGUCAUGGGACUGGGCCAGCCUUCUGAUGGCACGUGCUCAGCCAAAGAUAAGGACAGCGAAGACAGGAGCCGGGUAUGGUGGGCGCUCUAUUUCCUCGAUAGACUCAACUAUGUCUCCGACGAGCAAUUGGCCCGCGUCCCACUCCUCCGCAACGCACAGAUGGGCGAUCGUCUGUCGGGGAGUAAUGGGCUAUGGGCCCCCCCGCGACGGAUGGAUAAGGUCAGUACCUUGACCGUUCCGUUAGUGCCUGCAAAUGAUUUAAUGGCUAUUAGCGAUUUCGGCGAAUUGAUCCAGGCCAUGCACACCGUGCAAUGUGUCCUACAUCUGACGAGAGAACUCUCCACCCGUCCUGAGGCCCUUUAUAUGGUGGUCGCGUUAUACCUCAUGUCACUAAUUGAAUUGCAUGAAAAAAGACUGGUUUAUUUCAGCCGCCAAAGCGAUCCUUCCUCUGUCCGAGAGUCUUCCACGGCCGCUCUCGAAAUUGCUCUCAAGAUUUUCGGAGAACUCAUGAGAGUGGACGAUGCCUGGAAGAUUCUUGAAAUUGACAGGAUGCCAGUGAUAGCUGUUGUUUUGUUCGAGAAGAUGGCAUCUGUAGCCAUCUUGCUGCAAUUGCAGCACAAUCACAAUAUUGAAGAUGCAGUGCAAGCCUUGAGCAGGGCGAUGGAGCGGGCAAGCAUGCGAUGGGAAGUCAUAGGUAAAACCGCAUCACAUCUCCGUGCUGCCUGGGUUCGCUUACCAAAAGCUGCUUUAACCCUUGGGUAA